UCUUCAUCUAUUUCUGCUUCUUCAAUUUUUAGGCUCAACCUCUCAUGGUUUUGGGGAGUUAGGGUCUCGAAUAAUAGGGGAUAACAUAUAUCAGAAUGAAUCUAGCAAACAACCUAUUAGGCCUUCUCAACAUCCUCACCUUCCUGAUAUCGGUUCCAAUCGUCAUUGUCGGUGUGCAGCUGUAUAGGGUAAAUGCGGCUGGACAGUGCUUGGAGGUUUUUAGGCUGCCCGUUCUCGUGUUGGGCGUGUUGAUCAUGGUGAUGUCCAUCGUAGGCAUAAUCAGCGCGUGUUGUCGUAUUUCUUGGCUCCUUUGGAUCUACCUCUUAGUAAUGCUCCUCCUCCUCAUUGGACUCAUGAGCAUUUAUGCCAUAUCCUUCUUUAUCAUUUGGAAAUCAGGCGGGGGAACUAGGGUUCCUGGUACAGAGCUGAAGGAGUACAAGCUCAGCGGUUACGCGGAGUGGUUGCAGAAUACAGUUCAAGGAAAGGGUUGGGAUAGCCUCAAGAACUGUCUUGUUGUUAGCCAAGCAUGCAAUUAUAUGCCAAAAAAUGAUACUAAAAUCCAGGAGUUCAAUAUGAAGGAGUUGCCCCCCAUUAUGGCUGGUUGCUGUAAGCCAUUAGCCGAGUGUGGAUUUAGUUAUAAGAGCCCCACCGUGUGGAUAAGGAAUAACAGCACUUCUUCGAGCCCUGACUGCAAAGCAUGGAACAACGACCCAAAGGUUUUGUGCUAUAACUGCGAUUCUUGCAAGGCUGGAACUUUGGAACAACUACUGGAUACCUGGAAGAGUAUGCACUUUCUCAAAAUUGUAUUCCUUGGCUUCCUCGUGCUUGUCUAUAGUAUAGGAUGCUGCGCAUUUAAAAACACAAGGAAGAAACCUGACUAUUGGAGACAAUAAAAAAAAAGUUGGAUAUCAUGCGUAGGGUUCCUCAGCAUGUAGAUUACUUAGUUUUUAUGUUUGACUGGAAGUUAGGAACUAGGCCAAGUUUUUUAUCUUCCUCUUUUUAAUUACUAGUCAACAGCUAGUACUAAGCUUGGAAACUUGCCCUUGUGUAACUAAUUAAACAAUAUGCCCAAUUAACAACUUUUUUUUGUUUUU